AUGUUGGGCCAUUUUGCAAGAGCCGGUGUCCCACCUAAACGAAUAGUGAAGGAGUUCCCUGUGACACCCGACGCGCAUAUCCCAGUCGGAACGACAUUCUCUGCCAUUCAUUUCGUACCCGGCCAGAUGGUGGAUGUCGUCGCAAACUCCAUCGGAAAGGGCUUCCAGGGUGGUAUGAAGCGCUGGGGCUUCCAUGGUCUUGCGGCCAGCCAUGGUGUUUCAAUCUCGCAUCGUUCUUCAGGCUCUACUGGUCAACAUCAGGAUCCUGGGAGGGUUUUCCCAGGCAAGAAAAUGGCUGGCCGGAUGGGCAACGUGCGCAUUACCACCCAGAAUCUGCCGGUUGUUCGUGUCGACACGUCGCUGAACCUCAUCUUCGUGAAAGGGGCCGUUCCUGGAGUGGACAACGCCCAUAUUCUUGUUCGCGACGCUAAGAAAAUCACUGCCGUUGGUGCUCACAACCAGGCGAAGGGUCUAUAUGAGAAGGUCCUUCCGAAAGGCGUGGACGAUCUUCCCUUCCCUGCUGGAACUGAGGAGCUGGCCAAGUCACUACCUCCGGUAAUUGAGGCACCAUCCUACCGCAGGAGUCCUUUCGUUCCCAUUGAGUAA